GGCGUUCGGAAACCCCCCUCGAGGCCUCUCGAUUUGAAAUUCCCCACCUCGAAUCAAAACCGGAAAAAAAAAUUAGGAGAGGAAAAAAAAAAGUAAGAGCUCUCGAUCUACGGAUCCCCUUCCCGGCUUCCCGUUCCCCUCCUCGUCCAAAACCCUAGGCCAGCUUAGCGGCGGAGCCCGCGCGCCCCCGCCCCCGGGACCAUGGCCGAAGACCACUUCUCCUCCGCGCCGUCCGCGCCGUCGGCGGCGGCGACAGCUGCGGCCGCGGCCGCCGCGGCGGUCGGGUCCUCGGUGAUCCCGAUCGUAAACAAGCUGCAGGACAUCUUCGCGCAGCUGGGGAGCAGCUCCACGAUCGACUUGCCGCAGGUGGCCGUGGUCGGGAGCCAGAGCAGCGGCAAGUCCAGCGUCCUCGAGGCGCUCGUCGGCCGAGACUUCCUCCCGCGGGGCUCAGACAUCUGCACGCGCCGCCCCCUCGUACUCCAGCUCGUGCACCAGCCGCGCCGGCCCGCCGACGCCGAGGCCGAUGAGUGGGGCGAGUUCCUCCACCUCUCGGGGCGUCGCUUCUACGACUUCCGCGAAAUUCGACGCGAGAUCCAGGCAGAAACAGACCGAGAGGCAGGUGGUAACAAAGGUGUAUCGGAUAGGCAGAUACGAUUGAAGAUUUUUUCUCCAAAUGUUCUUAACAUUACUCUGGUUGAUUUGCCUGGAAUCACUAAGGUGCCAGUUGGUGAUCAGCCAACUGAUAUUGAAGCCAGAAUAAGGACUAUGAUAAUGUCAUACAUCAGGCACAAGACAUGUAUCAUCUUAGCUGUUUCGCCAGCAAAUGCAGAUUUAGCAAACUCUGAUGCUCUUCAAAUGGCUCGGGUUGCUGAUCCUGAUGGUUCUCGAACAAUCGGUGUUAUCACAAAGUUGGACAUAAUGGACAGGGGCACUGAUGCCCGGAACUUUCUGCUGGGAAAUGUGAUCCCCUUAAAACUUGGCUAUGUUGGUGUCGUUAACCGCAGCCAGCAGGAUAUCAACUCUGACCUCAGUAUCAAGGAUGCUCUGGCUCGUGAAGAAAAAUUCUUUCGUACUCAGCCAGCAUAUCAUGGUCUUGCUCAGUAUUGUGGGAUACCACAAUUAGCAAAGAAGCUAAACCAGAUUCUGGUCCAACAUAUAAAAACAGUUCUGCCGGGGCUUAAGUCACGCAUAAGCAGCCAAUUGACUGCUGUUGCUAAGGAGCUUGCUGUGUAUGGUGAUCCUGUUGAUUCAAAGGCUGGUCAAGGUGCUAAGCUUUUGAACAUACUAGCUAAAUACUGUGAAGCUUUCUCUUCAAUGGUGGAAGGAAAAAAUGAAGAUAUAUCGACAAUUGAACUUUCUGGUGGAGCGAGGAUCCAUUACAUUUUCCAGUCUAUCUUUGUCAAAAGUUUAGAGGAGGUUGAUCCUUGCGAGGAUGUUACAGAUGAAGAUAUCCGCAUGGCUAUUCAAAAUGCAACUGGUCCUAGAAGUGCUCUGUUUGUACCAGAAGUUCCAUUUGAAGUCCUUGUACGUAGGCAGAUCAGCAGAUUGCUUGAUCCAAGUCUUCAGUGUGCACAGUUCAUAUAUGAUGAACUUGUAAAGAUGAGUCAUCGCUGCCUUGCAACCGAGUUGCAGCAGUUUCCUAUACUCCGCAGAAGCAUGGAUGAAGUCAUUGGGAAGUUUUUGCGGGACGGACUUAAGCCAGCAGAAAGUAUGAUAGCACACAUUAUUGAGAUGGAGGAAGAUUACAUAAACACAUCACACCCAAAUUUUAUUGGUGGCAGCAAGGCUGUUGAGCAAGCACAGCAGCAAGUUAGGUCUGCCAAAAUGUCGGCAGCGGUGAGAAAGGAUGGAGUGGAUGCACAGGCUUCUGAGAAAACUCAAAAAUCACGCGCAAUAUUGGGUAGAAGUGUAAAUGGAGUAGUUACUGACCACAUCCAGGGGGUACGGCCUACUGCUGAGGCAGAGAGACCAGGAUCUUCUGGUAGUGGAAGCACAUCUUUCUGGAAUCAAAUAUUUACUUCCACUGAGGACAAAACACAUGCUCCUGCAAGAGAUAACACAGCAAACAAAUCUUAUGCUGUGCCUGCACCCAAUCUGGAACAUUCACUCUCCACGAUACAGUUAAGAGAGCCACCAGUCGUCCUGAAGCCUUUGGAACACCAGUCUGACCAGGAGGUACUUGAAAUAGCGAUCACAAAGUUACUGUUGAAGUCAUAUUACAAUAUUGUCAGGAAAAAUGUGGAGGACUUCAUACCAAAAGCAAUUAUGCAUUUCCUGGUUAAUCACACAAAAAGGGCGCUGCAUAAUUACCUUAUAACGAAACUUUAUAGAGAUGAUCUUUUGGAAGACUUGCUCAAAGAACCUGAUGAGGUAACCAUAAAGAGGAAGCAGAUACGUGAAAAUCUGAAGGUUCUUCAACAAGCUUAUAAAACUUUGGACGAGAUACCACUAGACGCAGAGGCAGUAGAGAGGGGUGGAUACUCCUCCCUGGAUUCUGAUGCGAUUGGUCUACCAAGGGCCCAUGGGCUUUCUUCAUCCCUCCACGGAUUCAAUGAUGGAAGCUCACCAUAUUCAACCCCGAAGCAGUCAAGGUCAAGGAGGUCAAAUCAUUCUGGCGAGCAGCCCCCUUUCAACCCUAAUAUGAGUGGCAAUGGUUUUUGAUGCCACCCUACACGACGGCCACCCAGAUUGGUUAUGGAACCAAGUGUGCAGCAAGCACACCUUAUUCUGCUUCAAGUUUGUUGGCACCCAUAGAUAAUUGUUAUUUCUAGUUAAAUUCUUUGUAGCGCUGCGCCGAUGAAGCCUGACAUGGUGCGAGUUUUGUCAUUUCGCCUUUUGUACAGUAUAUAUCUUUGCCCAGUCAUUUCGUCUUGAAAUGUUAUCAAGUGAUGGGUAUAGUUUUGUUCGGACCCAGGGAAAGCAAUGAAAAAGAUCUGCUAGGUGUACUAGUGCCCAGCGUCUGAGUGACUAUGUAACUACGGAUUUGCCGUGCAAAAUAGACAUGGAUGGUAUGGUAGUGGCAAAAAUCUGUGGCCUGAAA